UAUAAAAGGUCAGUUUAUAUGAUGACCUAGAACCAUAGAAAGGUUUUUCUUCUAUUAAUUGAAUAACCUAUUGUUAGUUUUGCUAAAAUCAUUAAUAAAUUCAGCAACGAAAAUAUGUUUGACAUGGCUGAUGUUCUUUCUAAAUGUAAAAUGUCUAGGAGAUUUUGCAGCCUUUUUUAAAAACUCAGCAAUUUCUUAACAAUUAAUACUAAUUAUCAAUACAGUGUUUUAGCUGUUUGUUUGUUUUUUGCAAAACUUGAACCAAGCAUUAGUGGAAACAGUUUGAUUAUAUCUGGCAACAGAACAGCUUCUUGCAAACAUCAAUACAUUACAUGUACUUUAUUAAUCCCAAAUUGAAACACCUUUUUUAUUACAGCAGCCUUCGGUUAACAAUCUCCAUCCUAUUGAAAACGUAUCGCCGUGUCCUGCCAGUAGAUGGGGACAGUCAGAGUCCCAGACAGAGAGUAAAGAGUCCUGAAAGUGUUUGGACCACCCCAUAAUUUGUGAGAGGCUUCCUAUUGGUCUGUCAGUCAAUGAGGUGUCAAAUGUCCCAGGGUGCAUUGAACGCAGCCUAACUUUUACUGAAGAAAAGUUGGUCCGUCCGGUGGGAUUUAAAUCAGUGAGGGGAAUUAAACCAUGUUUGUUAUCCCAGUGUAGACAAUGUUUAGUGUCAGUUUCAUACGUUAUGCAGCCUGAAGUUUAUGUUCGGUCCUGACGGGUUUGUGUAACUCGGUGGGUCUCUGGUGGUGUUCAGUGGUUUGUUUGCUGCUCCACCACUUUCCAGAAACACAAUGUCUCAGCCCGAGCAGACAGAAAGCCCGGAGCAGCAAACAUUAAACUCGGAGCAUGAACAAUUAGUGAACCCGAAGGCGGUUUGUAACGUGUGUAAACGGUUGUACCGGGACCCUAAAAUCCUCCCGUGCCUGCACACCUUCUGCUCGGACUGUAUCGCUCAGUUGGAGCCCUUCUCGUUGUCUUCGCGCAGUGCGGAAAAACGCGAGGGCGACACGGCGGAGCGGCAGGAGCACGCCGCCGUCACCGUCACGGUUCUCUGUCCCGACUGCGACUCCGAGGUGGAUCUCCCCCCGUCGGGACCGGCCGGGCUGAGCACCGACCACCUGGCUCUGGACGAAGUGUUCCUGGAGACCCUGGUGACGGACGGCCCGCUGGGGUGCGACCUGUGCGGCGAAGGAGGCGCGGAGAGCCGCUGCGAAGUCUGCUGCUUCAACCUGUGCGAGUUCUGCUGCCAGGCGCACAGGCGUCAGAAGCGGACGGCGUCUCACUCCAUCCAGAGUCUGCAGGACCUGAAGUCCGGCGGGUCUCUGAGCCGGCCCGUCCUCUGCGGCCUGCACCCGGGUCAGGAGCUGCGGCUCUUCUGCCAGCCCUGUGACCUCCCCGUCUGUCUGGAGUGUGCCGCCACGCUGCACCGAGACCACCGCUGCUGCCCCACUCAAAAUGUGAUCAAUCGCCAUGGAGACAGCAUCCGAGAGCUGGUCACGGUGCGCCUGCGACCUCGCAUGGAGCGCCUGAAGGACUCCAUGCUGAAGGUGGAAAUAUCCCAGGAGGCUUUGAAGGAACGGGUGGAUGCAACAGUGAACGAAGUGAGGGCGUUUGCUCGAGCUUACGCCAGCGCUGUGGAGGCUCACUGCCUCUCUCUGCUGCACCGCCUGGAGGAGCUCCGAGUCCAACGCAGGAACCUGCUCCACCUGCAGCAGGCGCAGCUGCAGCAGGCUCUGCUGGACGUCGGCGGCAGUGUGGAGUUUGCGGAGAGAUUGCUGAGCUGUGGGUCAGACGCUGAGAUCCUGAGCGCUAAAGGAGUGACUCUGAGGAGACUGACCAGCCUGGCAGAGAGCAGCUACGACCCCCCCCCAGAGGCUGUCGCCCCCGACGACGGCAGCAGCAUCAGCUUCCUGUCCUGGGAGCCGGCAGGGGAGGUGGGGGGCUUCCCGGUGGUCGGGGUGAUCCACGCCAAGACGGUGGACCUCAGCAAGUGCACCAUCGAAGGAGAAGGUCUGCAGAGGGGCACUGAGGGGCAGCAGGGUCUCUUCGUGUUGGUGUGCAGAGACUCUGUGGGGGAGCAGCUGGCUCGAGGAGGAGAGCAUGUCCUGGUCAGCAUCGUUCACAAGGAGAAGAAAAACUGCACAAUGGAGAGCACGGUGGUUGACAACAGCGAUGGAUCCUACAGUGUUUCAUACACACCUGAAGAGAUGGGAGCCUACUCAGUGUGGGUGUGUGUCAAAGCUCAACAUGUCAAGGGCUCUCCGUUUCCCCUGAAUGUGAAGAGGAAGUUCAGGCAUCACGUCGGGACCUUCCACUGCUGCUCCUUCUGCUCCGGCGGAGGCUCCAAAGAGGCUCGCUGCGGCUGUGCAGGAACCAUGCCAGGAGGAUUUAAAGGUUGCGGUCACGGUCACAAAGGACACCCGGGGAAGCCUCACUGGUCGUGUUGCAGCAGCUUCGUGGAGCAGUCGGAGUGUUUGCCUCAGAGCGUGAUAGCUGCGAUUUCCCCCCGCGGACACCUGCGCACCGUGGAGCUCUGAGGAGGCGAGACACGUACAGAGGACGCACCGUAAUAAAGGAGCGCAGCAACAAAAAGGUUAGCAUAGCGGGGGAGCACAUGUUGGUGUCAAUGUCAAGAAGGUCAGACAGGAAGGUGAAGUUCUAAAGACACGGUGGCUGAAGCAGGACAUCAAAGAAUGUUAGUCUGAAAGUGAUUACCUCCAGCCCACUUUGGUUUGGCUCACCAUUCGAGGACUAUAUCAGUAGUGUGGGCUCUGAAUCUAAAGCCCUUUCACCCAUACACUGAAAACCCUGAACUAAACAUGACAUUACCUGGAGGAACUGUGUGAGAGAACUGAAUAUCAGACUGGACAUUGAACUGACUUUAACCUGCAAGAUCCCUGAAACAUGUAAGACUAUGUCAUGUCGAUUGUGAAUGGAGCUGCUCAUUGACCGGAGGAUUUACAGCUUGCAAAUGUAUGUGUUUAUGACGUUGGUAUAAAACUGUUGCAAAAACACGGAAGAAAAUAAACAUUUGAGGGUGUAAAA